AUGUUUCCCACCUUCACAGGCAACUCCCGACGCCCCCGGAACGUGAACCUCAGCGGCCAGAACCUGAACCCAUUCGCCGCCUCGUCAUGGACUCCUGCUGCCGGUAGCGGCUCAGGAGCCUCCAAAACCGUCUCCAAUGCCCAGGCCGAACGUGCUCAGAGGCAACACGAUCGAGAUAGGUUGAAGGCGGCAGGCAAGAUCCAGAAGACGUGGAGGGGCCACAGGGUCAGAAGGCGACUUAGAGACUCUCGCCGCGAGGCCUUCGACGCUCUGUACAUGAACAACUCGCAUUUGGGCACACAGCAGAGGCUAUCAACCGCCUUACCACUGCUGAUAACCACAUUCCAGUCCAACCACGACAAGGACCUCCAACGCCUCGUUUGUUUCUCCAGGGAGCUGACUACAACCAGCCUUGAGUGCCUCGCCCCUGCCACUCUUGCUCCUUCUCGACUGGCGCGAUUCGUACAAAUACUUGUCGAGGCUCUGCACGUCCAAACAGAGAAAAGACAUGAAGCCGACGAUAUCCGACUCCUCGUGGACCUCCUGACGCACAUCGUAAACGUUGCCCCCGACUCGUUAUCAAAGUCAUUCCGACAAUAUUACACCGUGUUGGCAGAACUGUGUGGAAUACUCGGCGCGGACACGGCGGCUCUGGAGGCUACGUCGAGGGCUGUUCUUGUGCCUCUGCGGGCAAAAUCCGCCGACGAUUAUCUAUUGGCAGCCUACGAAGCAUUCGCAUUGUCGUUUCUGACUCGCCAUGACCUGUGUAUUGUCGAGGAACACGCCCCGGUAAUCUCUCAGAACCUUGACUCUGACAAACUUGCAUCGGCAAUCGCUACGGCAUACAACAAUGGACGGAUACACGGUGCCGGCCGGGACGGUCAGGUCUGGCUUUUGGCGCAUUUUAUCGGCUUACAUCAGAAUACGGGCACUAAAUAUCAAGGGCUGAAGCAUCUGGACGCACUUCACAUCCAACUCUCGAGCUUAUCUACAGAAAUCAGCCUCAGACUUUCUGUAAAACCGGCCCGUUCUACAUCACCAAACGCAGACUCCAACAGUAUCGAAGAAGCCUUGGUUCGGCCACUACCUGGCUAUGUCACACAGCAGCUUUCGUCAUUAGUUGAUAGAGAUGGCAUCUCCGCGCUGCUGGCUGAGCUUACCACUCACUUUGGCUCUCAGUCGUCAAGCCACGAGUUCCAGACCGCAAGCCUACUAUCUGGCUAUAUUCUCACUCUUCUCCGGUGUUUCCCCAGUCAAGGCGAUGAUAUCCGUAUGCGUCUCUUCUUAGGCGAUGUCAGAUCGAGCACAGGCAGCUUGCCAACGAUUAAGUUUCUAUGGCAAGCCAUGGGCCAAACAAGCAUAUACAAUAAAAUUCUGCAGGACUCGGCGUCCGUCACGGGUUUGCUACGGAACUACCUCUCAAAAUCCCCGAGGUCAAAUGACUCUCAAGAACCGGAAUGGAGGCUAGUUCUGUUGUUCCUCGAACUCUACAUUUUCAUUUUACGUUUGAGUGAUGACGAAGACUUUUUCAGCAGCAUUCACCCAGGAGUCAUACAGGGCGAAGGCCAAAUGUCUCGGUUGCGGUCGUGCGGGCUCUCUCUCUCCGAGGUGAAGAAUCUCACAAUUGUGCUCAAGCAUCUGGCUUUCACACUGCAUUACAAUGCUACCGAUAUCCUACAGAGUGUCCAGCAAUCCGAGCCGAUAUCAAUGAGCCAGCUCGAGUCCUACUUCGGAAGUAGCCACGCUGCAAAAACUUCGAAAGAUACCCGAAGCCAGGAAUUCCGAACCAACGCAGCUGAUACCAGACUUGACCUCGGUAGCCUUCGCAGUAUCGUCACAACGGCCUUGCGACUUGUGUAUGAGCGGGACUCUCGGCGUCCUUUCUUGCCUCGAGAUCAUUGGCUCAUGACCUCGAAGUUCGACAUGGAGGGCUUUGUCAGCGCCGUCGUGGCAGAACAAGAGCGACAGAACGAAGUAUCUGAUUCGAGCGACGAAGAAGAGGGCGACGUUGAGGAAGAUGCGACCAUGGGUGGGCUGAACGAUGGCAUCAUUCACACCAUGGCUGGACAACGAGUCUCUCGACAUGCGCAAAUUGAAAAGCUUCGGUCCCAGCAACGCAAGGCACAGCGCGAUCGCUUACUGGCCGUCAUCGGGCCAAAGCUGGAGAUCCUGAGACACAUGCCUUUCGUCAUUCCUUUCGACACUCGUGUCCAGAUCUUCAGACAAUUUGUGUACCUCGACAAGCACAAGCGCAGGGAAGGCAUGGAUGCCGACCAGUGGAGAAUGACCAUGCUUCAUAAUCCCCUGCGUCCUCCUGGAAUGGGUCCGACUGGACGACACCAUGGCAAAAUCAGGAGAGGCCAGGUCUUCCAAGACGCUUUUGAACAAUUCUAUGAGCUAGGGGAAGGCCUGAAGGAGCCCAUACAGAUCCAGUUUGUCGACCAGUUCGAUACGGUGGAAGCAGGAAUCGAUGGCGGCGGUGUUACAAAGGAAUUCCUGACUAGCGUCACAACGGAGGCUUUUGGGCAGAGGGACGGCAUCUCACUAUUCACGGCCAACAGUCAAGGCCUCCUAUACCCCAACCCAACAGCUAUGGAUGAGCUCAGGGAAGCCUUGAGACGAGCCGGAGUUCCUGAACGCAGUGCAGAGUGGCAAGAUGAGGUGCAAGAUCUGCUUCGGAAAUUCGAGUUCCUCGGUCGAAUCAUCGGAAAAUGCAUGUACGAAGGAAUACUCGUCGACAUUGCGUUUGCCGGGUUUUUCCUCCUGAAGUGGAUCUCGGGCCAGACUGGAGAGAACAGCUACCGUGGCAAUGUCAACGAUUUAAGGGAUAUGGACGAGGAAUUCUACCAAGGCAUGCUACGUCUGAAGAACUACAAGGAGAACGUGGCGGAUCUGGCGCUGGAUUUUACCAUCAAUGACCAGGUCUCGCUGCCCGGGGAACCCGUGCGUACCAUGACUCGGAACCUGAUCCCCAACGGCGAAAACAUCACUGUCACCAACGACAACCGGCUCCUCUACAUAUCCUACGUCGCCCGCCACCGCCUCGUAGCACAACCCGCCCAGCAGACGGCCGCAUUCCUUCGCGGUCUCCGCUCCAUCAUCGCCCCGUCCUGGCUCUCAAUGUUCAACCAGAAUGAACUGCAGCGUCUCGUUGGCGGAGACAGCUCCGAGAUCGAUAUUGAAGACCUCAGGAGAAACACAAUUUACUCGGGUUUGUACGAAGUGGGAGACGACGGACUGGAGCACCCGACAGUGCAGCUAUUCUGGAAGGUCAUGGCUGAGUUUUCGGACCGGGAGCGGCGAGACGUGCUCAAGUACGUGACGAGCACCCCACGAGCGCCCCUCUUGGGCUUCUCGCAGUUGAGUCCACGAUUUAGCAUCCGAGAUGGAGGCGAGGACCAAGAGAGGCUGCCGAGUACUAGCACCUGUGUGAACCUGCUCAAGCUGCCGCGUUACAAGAAACAGGAGACACUGAGGCAGAAGCUGCUCUACGCCGUUUCCUCGGGGGCCGGGUUCGACCUCAGCUAA